AGAAAAAAUGCAGGGUUUUUAAAGAGAGGCGAGGGUUUUGGCGCUGCUGGCGCGACACUGCAACUGUAAAGAGAAUAAGAAGACGAGAACACCUGAACUACGAUCCUUCUCCCGCUAAUUAAUACUUGUAUUAUCGGUAUUGGUUUGAUUUUCUCCGUUACAGUCAAUCAGGUGAUAUGGGGAAGAAGAAAAGGAUGCAGGAGAGUGGUGAAGGGCUCAAGCCGAAAGAGGAUAGCGGUCAUUCCCCAUCAACGAUAUUCGUCAGCAACCUGCCCUAUUCGUUCACUAACUCGCAGUUGGAAGAAACAUUUAGCGAGGUUGGUCCAAUAAGACGCUGCUUCAUGGUGACAGAAAAGGGAUCGAAUGCACACCGUGGAUUUGGAUUUGUCCAAUUUGCUGUCAUGGAAGAUGCUAACCGUGCUAUCGAGCUCAAAAAUGGUGCAUCUAUUGGUGGUAGGAAAGUUGUGGUUAAACAUGCCAUGCAUCGUCUUCCCCUAGAGCAGCGCCAUUCAAGGGCAAAUCAAGUUCAUAUGAAUGAUGUCAAGAAAAAGGAUGGCGAUGAGAAUUUCUCCUCCAGGAUGGUCAAAAAGGAACACGCUUCAAAGCUGCACACAAAAGGGGACUCUGAAGGAACCACAGAAGAAAUGGUAGUUCUCAGCGAUCAUGCCUAUAAAACUGAUGGUUCAGAAAAGCAGAGGGUUGCUAGGACGGUCAUAUUUGGUGGACUUCUUAGUGUUGACAUGGCUGAGGAAGUUCACCGUCGCACCAGAGAGGUUGGCACUGUAUGUUCUAUAAGCUAUCCUCUUCCAAAAGAAGAGCUUGAACUACAUGGACUGGCUAAGGAUGGAUGCAAGAUGAAUGCAUCAUCUGUACUUUAUGCUAGUGUUAAAGCAGCACGUGCUUCUGUUGCUAUGUUGCAUCAGCAGGAGAUAAAGGGUGGAUGUGUAUGGGCACGCCAGUUGGGUGGGGAGGGUUCCAAGACUCGGAAAUGGAGACUUAUAGUUAGGAACCUUCCUUUUAAGGCAAAAGUCAAUGAGAUAAAAGAUUUAUUUGCAUCAGCAGGUUUUGUGUGGGAUGUCUUUGUUCCACUAAAUUCUAAGACAGGGCUAUCUAAGGGAUUUGCAUUUGUCUCAUUCACGUGUAAGCAGGAUGCAGAAAACGCUAUCAAGAAAGUAAAUGGGCAAAUGAUCAGUAAAAGACCAAUUGCUGUUGAUUGGGCUGUUCCAAAGAAAAUAUAUACAACUGGUGGUAAUUUGGUUGAGACUCAGACAGAUGGGGCAGAGAAUGAUAGACAUGAUGAGAGUGACAACAGUAGCAUUGAUAUGGAAGGUGAUUAUGCUGGGAGUGAUAAGGAUUCCCAACAGGUUGAUGCAGAAGAAGUCCAAGAAGGUUCUGAUCACAUAGACAAUGAAGUUCAUUCUAAAGAACUGGAUUUUGAUGAGGAGGCAGGCAUUGUAAAGAAAGUUCUUAAUAAUUUGAUCACAUCUUCUGCCAGUGCAACUCUGCCAUUUGGUGGAAAUUCCAGGUUACCACAAGGUAAUGAGACUGCUAUUGAUGCUAAGAACAAGUUAUCCAUUCAAGAAAAGAGUUUGGAUGUAGCUUUACCUCCGAAAUCUAGCAAAGUUGAGACAGUAGCUCUUGGGCGAGUUGAUAGUGAGGAUGAUUUACAGAGAACAAUUUUUAUAAGCAACCUCCCAUUUGAUGUUGAUAUUGAAGAUGUGAAGAAACGGUUCUCUGCAUUUGGGGAAGUGAAGUCCUUUGUCCCCGUUCUUCAUCAAGUCACCAAGCGACCAAGAGGCACAGGAUUUCUUAGGUUUAAUACAACAUCUGCUGCUGAAGCCGCAGUUUUAGCAGCAAAUGCUACAUCUGGGUUAGGGAUUGUUCUAAAUGGCAGACAGCUUACUGUUUUGAAGGCUUUGGACAAGAAAUCAGCUCAUAAAAAGGAAUUAGAGAAGACAAAGAAUGAGGAUCAUGAUCAUCGCAACCUUUAUCUUGCCAAGGAAGGUCUUAUUCUUGAAGGGACAUCAGCUGCAGAAGGUGUUUCAGCGAGUGACAUGCUAAAACGUCAAAUGUUGUACAAGAAAAAAAUGUCCAAACUAGAAUCUCCCAAUUUUCAUGUUUCAAGGACUAGACUUAUUGUAUACAAUUUGCCAAAGUCUAUGACAGAGAAGGAACUUAAAAAGCUCUUUAUAGAUGCAGUUCUUUCCCGGGCAUCCAAACAAAAGCCUGUGAUUCGACAGAUAAAGUUCUUGGAGGAUUCAAAGAAAGGCAAGGUGGUUUCAAAGAACUAUUCACGAGGGGUGGCUUUUGUUGAGUUUACUGAACAUCAACAUGCAAUAGUGGCUCUAAGAGUUCUUAAUAACAAUCCUGAAACUUUUGGUCCUGAGCAUCGCCCCAUUGUGGAAUUUGCUCUUGAUAAUAUCCAAACAUUGAAGAAGCGGAAUGCUAAGCUACAGGCUCAGCAGCAGAGUGCAGGUUCUCAUCUGGAAGAUGUUCAUCCAAAGACUGCGUUACAACAGAAAGAUACUAGGAAGAAGUUAGGAAAAAGCAAAACUAGAGUUGAUGACAUACCAUCUGAGGUAAUAACCAGUAAAGACCAUGAAGUGGAUAGGGUCCAGAAAACAGGCAACAAAGAAGGAUCAGCGGCAAAAAAGCACAAGGGAAUUCCAGAAAGUGGGAGAAAAGGUGGGUUGACAUCUGAGGAGUCAACUAGGAAGCCGAGCAGGCACCAGAAAAUGACCAAACAGAAGGGUGGAAAAUUAUUUCAUGGUGGAGAUAUGGUUGUUGGUACUGAAGACGAAAAGAAAGCAAAAGUAGAGAUAGGUCCAAAGAAGAGGAAGCUACAGGAUAGUGUUCAUUCAGAAGAAAUGAUGGAUAGGAAAAGCCUGAAGAAGAAAAAGAAAAAGAGCAAGAAAUCAGAAGCAUCGGAUAAAGAACUAGUUGAUAAACUUGACAUGUUGAUCGAACAGUAUCGUUCAAAGUUUUCAAAGAGAAGCUCUUCAGACAUGAUUGGUGGUGAAAAACAAGGCUCAAGGCAAAUCAGAAGAUGGUUCCAGUCGUAGGUGUUUUCAACCUCUCUUUGUGAAUCUUCAAGCAUCGGAGAAAGUCUCUGUUGGCUUCCAGCGACUAAUUUAAGAGAUGGUUGCUAAUGUUACGCACGAGGCAGUGUUAAUCAGAAAAAAAAGAAGUUUUGCACGAGGCAGUGUAUCUAUUUGUAAAAGACCAGUUCUGAUCUGUUGGGUAGUGUCCCCCAUCCAAAUAAGUGAGCUUUGGUUAUGAUCUGUGAGACGUUCUUCAACAUUAAUAGAAUUUCUUCUCUUUUAGUUUCUAAAA